CAAGAGAACCAAUUGAUAACGAAAAAGCCUCUCAAAUCAUUGAAUUGGCCUUUUUGGCAGUAGACAAGUUCAAGGAUGGACAAAAGGCGGCAAUAACAAUGGAAGGUGAGACGAAUAUGAUUUGUUUUCACAUGGAAGUGAAAACAGCAAUAACUUUGCUAGAACAGUUUCAAAAGUUUGAAUGUUGUAAAGAACGCUUUCCGCUGUGUAAUUUCCUUCAGCAAAAAGAGGAUAAAAUUAAUGAGUCACCUUUCUUUAAGUUACUACAGCAAUGCCCCAAGCUUGAACAUUUGAGAUGUGGUAGCGUGUGGCAACAACAUUUGGAACAAUCACUGCGCUCACUUGAAGAAAAUAACUAUCAGGUUAAACGAUUUCUGUACACGGUAACGCAUAAUGAUGAAACACUUUUAUUAAGACUGAGGGAUCGAUACGAACGCUUUUACGGAGAACAAAUUGAUAAGUAUCAGUUUACAUUUGGUCUAGGUUUGAAACCACUCAUGAAUGCUAUGCAGUCGAAAGAAACUAAACACAGAGUGGCACUAGACAAACGUGUCGUAGAAGCCAAACAGAACUUGGUGGACAAAGUUUUAAAACAGAAGCCUGAUAUUCGAGAUCUACUUGUUUACGUUGGAUACAGCAUCAUCACGUUCAGCAAUAGAUCUCGGACAUCAAAACGCCCAGCAUGUAGUGGGGGAGAUUAUAUAACUUUGCUUAAAUGCAGUACCAUGUUAUUAUCUUUACAAAGGGAAAUGCAGUUACACAGAAAGUAUCUUGAAUCAUACUUAUACUUUGCAAUGCUACAUUGGCCACUGCAGCAAAGGAUUCAGACAGCAUCGGAUAGCCUUGUGAGCGGGGAUGUUUAUGAGGAAGUAAUGAAAGAGUGGGAUACAGAGUACGACAAGAACCAUUUCAUUAAAAAGACGGAACAAUCGCGACUUAAGAAGCCGAAGAACUACUAUGCGUUAGGAAAGGGGGUUGCGGGGAAAGACAUUGUUGACUUGGAAUCAAUUAAAAAAGAAUGGAGGGAUCGAAAGAAGACGAAUGGUAGAACACUACCGCCGGUGUUUAGGGAUUUUUUUUGGAUGGAACCGUUUGUGGAAGACGAAUUACAGAGGCUACAAGGGGUAGUUGAUGGAAAUGGUCGACUUAUUUCACACACGGCCGCGUAUUCCAAUAAACGACAGCACACGUUCAAAAUAAAAACGUACUACCCAUGUGACGGAUUUUGCAAUAGACAGGUGACUUUCGUCCUUGGAUUUUCCUGGAAGGGCCCGACUUCCUUCGACGUCAGGCCAAUAGAAUCAUCAUGUUCUGCUGAUAACAAUGAUUGGUCGGAUUCUCUAUCGCCUGGCUUAGUGUCCGCAAACGCACAAACAGUGUCUAAAGAUGUAUCAAAUUCCGAUCACACACAGCAAGAUAGCUUUGCAAAUCAAACGAGAGGGACCAUAUGUGAUCGAGACCAACCUCCUGUCAGAGAUGUUUUAUCGCAACCAGACGUACGAGCAUCAGCCGAAUCAGAUGUUACAGCUUCCGGAUGCACCAUGACGGCGUCAAGUAAUACAAAUGAACAACACGCAUCUGGGUCACACAAGCGAAGAAAAAGGAAGAACAAGAUGAAAUAAUUUUAAAUGUCCGAGUUCCUUAUUGCGAAAAUUACAUAUGUAUUAUUAGUUUUGAACAGAUCUUGAUGUGUGAAGAUGUUUUAAUUAUGACGUCAUCCUAAUCAAAGUGUCGAUGACGACUUCGAAGUGUGUCGAUGUCAUAAUUAUUACGUUAUCGUAAUCAAAUUGUACAUUAUUUGUUCCUUUUCUGUCUUUUUUAUACAGAGUGGCUCGUUUAAUUUGCUUACUCUAUUACUUAUGUUAUACUUUAUUUUAAUAUUCUUUUUGUAAACACGCUCUUUUUCUGUAAAAUGUACGUGUAUUUUAUUUAGUUUUGUGUUCGUUAUCGUCAAACUGUGUUGCUUUAUCGUUUCCUCAGAGAAAUGCUUACUCAUGUUUUAACUUGUCAAUUUACUUGACAACUUACUUACACUAUAAAUUACUUUCUUAAACUUAUAGUCAUUAUCUAUUCAUGAGUGUAACUUUAAACGAUAUUUUGAUAAUUUGAUUUCUAAGAACGUUAUUGAGAUGUGUUUUAUACAACAUAAAAUGGUAUUGUUUAUUUUAUGUCAUCGUUUUAGGGAUAUUAUAUAAUAAUGUAAUGAAAAACACCCCGCGAGUAAAAGUGCCGUGUAACCAGAUCAAAGAUCAAUGUCACUCUUAGCAAGCAAAGGUCAAUAUGGGUAGGAUGCAGCUUGCUCAGACUGUAACUACAUGUAUAUUAUGCAACUUUAAAUAAUUUUUAACAAAUGAUCACCAUGUAAAUACAACAUGAUGCGUAACUUGUUUCCAAAGCUCAAACCACCAGGGUCACACUUCUAGGUCAAAUAUACAAUUUAUAUAUUGCUGGGAUUCAAACCGAAUCUCCGUUCAAAGUGUAAGGUCUCACUUCCAUGGCAUAUGUCAAAUAUAGGAAUGACACAUCUGUUCUAUGCUCUAAUUUAAUCAUUUUCAGCAGAUUUAAGAAUAGCUUGCCAUGAUCGAAAUUUCUGAGUGUAGCCUUAUGUAGCCCGUAACAUUAGGAAACUAGAGCAACAGCUUGAUAAAACAACAUUAUUUUAAAGUAACAUAAGUACCCCAAAUCAAAGCACACAAAAAACAACAAAAAGAGCAUUUUGUAUCUUGUUUAAUCUAUGUUACCAGACCACAUCUAGCGUUGAAAUUUUUGCUAUUGCUUUAAGGGGUAUUGAUUGUUUAAGUGUUAACUUAUUUUUUUGCGAACAGUGUACGAAAUAUCCGUUGAUUUUGAGUGUUUAUGGGCUUUUAAAAUAGUUACUAGCAUUCUUGGCAACGGGCUAAACAUGUUUUCAGCAGCCAUUCAUUUGCUUUUUCAUAGAGCUUAACAUGCAAAAACAAAGGAUUUGCAUUACAUGUAUUUGAUGAUUUGUACACAAUAUUUGCUACAUUUUUUAUGAAACAGUUUAUGUAAGUGUGUGUGUUCUAUUUAAUUCACAAUGCACUAUUUAGUGUUUGUGUUUAUAUGUCUGCGGACAUAACGUUAAAAUAAACUACGAUGUUAAUAUGUAGGUUUGUAUGAAUGGGCAAAUGUCGUGAACCCAAUGUAAUAUUGACUCAAUUAUAAUUGUUAUUGAUUUUAUUGAAUAUCAAUAUAAUAUGGCAUUUGAAAAUAUCUUCAUGUAAGGCAAGUAAAUAAAUUGGCGAAAUAUCAUCUUAACACAGGCGCAUCAUUGUUCUGUAUAUACAGUUUGUUUAUUGAAAAAACAGCACUUUUAAAAAUAAAAACGUGUGUCAGAUUGUGUGUGCCCGCGCAAAUGUUUGUUUGUGCGUGGUUGUGUUGUUGUAGUUAAAAUGAUACGUUAAAUAUUGUAUUUUAUAAGUGAUAGUUAUGUUGUUAAUAGAACAGUAAAAUCGCUUAAACAAUCUUCAGUAAAAUAACCUAUUUAAUAUGCACACAUGCCUAUGUAUGUUGUCCUAGAAAUAUGUAACGUAUUUAUAUUAUGUUAUAGUUGUUGUUUAUUACUUCGGCAUAGCUGUAAUAACAACCGUAUUGAUAUAUACACCAAAAACAUUUUUAUUUUUCAGUCGCGGGAUAUAGUAAUUUUUUUAUUUUUAUGGCUGCAUAUUUUUAUGUAGCUUAUUAAUAAUCAUUUGUGAACAUAAAAUGAGGUUUUAAAUAUGUAUACUUUCCUGCUGUCUGUACGACGAUUUUAUCAGCUGACGGACUUGCCUGUGAAAGUGUUUGCCUCACCAAAUCAAAUGUAUCUCUUUCUUUAAACAUUAUUCUACAGUUAGACUGAUGCAGUCGUUUCUUUUAAAUAUUGAUGUUAUCCCAUUUUAUGUUUAUUUGAAUGUACUUAUUUUCACGAACUAUUUCAAGAAAGUAGGCAAGGUUAAAGGAUAGGAACUCCGAGCUUAAAAACUGCUUAAAUUUCGUUGAUUUAUUUGACUCUUUAACCGUGUUGCAUCGACAUUUCACAUCCUAGAUAUGGCAAGAAAAUGUAAUGGUGUAAAGUGAGCAAGAUUUGCCUACCUACAUAUUUCCUAUGUUUUAUUAGUAUAUUUUUAGGGGCUAUACUAUUCUUCUAUAAAGUACGCGUUUGAAGUUAAUAUUGUAAAUGAAAUAACUUUUUGGAUCGCGACUUUCAGACAGUCAAUACACUAGUUCUAAAUUUUUUCCUUAUAUUAUAAUAAUUCUCUUCAAAAUUAUAUAUUUUAUUUCGUAUAUUAAACAAACAUUUAUGUUUAUUAUACGAUUCAAGUACAUUUGUCAACAAUAUGGUAAACGUAGAUAUUAAAACCUUUUUAAUAUUUGUAAGAACGAUUGAACGCUCAACUGGAAUAUUUGUGAAUGGCACUAACAUACGAAAGAGCUGGUUUGUCAUAAAUUGAAAUUCGCAUCAAUCCGAAAAUAAAUUAUUAUUUAGGGCUUUUUUAAUUAAGACAUUCUAUACAGACACUGUCAAUUUAUUGCAUUGUGAAAUGUGUAGAUUAAACAGACGACAGAAAUGUGUUAAAACACCCUUCUAUUUAUUAUUAUGCCCCCCUUCGAAGAAGAGGGGGUCUAUUGCUUUGCUCAUGUCGGUAGGUCGGUCGGUCCGUCCACCAGGUGGUUUCCGGAUGAUAACUCAAGAACGCUUGGGGCUAGGAUCAUGAAACUUCAUAGGUACAUUGAUCAUGACUCGCAGAUGACCCCUUUUGAUUUUGAGGUCACUAGGUCAAAGGUCAAGGUCACAGGUGAAGGUCACAGUUACUGGAAAUAGGCAUUAUAAAUUUAUAAGGAUUUAGCAUGGUUCAAACAAGGGAAAAUACUACGGUUUAUGCAUGUUCUUUUUAUUACAGAUUUGCCUCCCUUUAAUUCAUUCAUUUACUAUAUAGCCUUGCAUCAUGCAUAGAUUAGUGUACAAGUAGUACUGCUUUGUACUUUGUUAAAUAUUAUAUGUUAAAGAAUAAAAGAAACAUUAAAUGGGUGGAUUUGGUCAGCUGUAUCGGGAGGAGGAGGCUGAAUAUGUCCUGAAAUAAGUCAGUGAAAACCAAGAUUUGGUCAGGGACAAGUCAGUGAAAAGUCAGGGAAUUUUAUUUGAUCAGGUGGGUGGCAACCCUGAUAAACUACAUAGCAACUUCAUAUUUUGCUUACUGGGGGGCAUUGUAUUUCUGAAAGAAAUCUUGUUUAGCUAUGUGCUUUUUGUUCACGGCUGUAAAUAUAAUCUUAUGAUUAGUCACUUCAGAUUGAUGACUGUCUACUGAUUUUGAGUUAUCUAACUUGAAAGAAUAAAUGUUGUUGAGCUUCACAUAAAAUUUACAUGCAAUCAAUCAAUAUUUACUGUUUUCUAUGUUUAAUGUUUAUUUUAAUUAAUUGAUAAACGUA